AUUACUCCGUCGCCAACAUCGCCUUUCACGCACAAUUUCAAACGCAUCGGGUUAUCGACCAAGACGUCAUACACCUCUCUCGCAUCACCCUCUAACGAACUUGUAAUCGCACCCGGACGUCGCUCCUUCACAUUACUGCGCAACAAAACUCCAAUCGCAACUACAAACAUCACAUACCCAAGAUGGACUACGUACUUGACAACGUGGUCGAGUGGAAGGACCGCCUGGUCAACAACUCGAUCAAGUCUUUCGAAGAGAUGACCGCCCAGCGCUGGGUCCGCAUCAUCGCCAUCGUGGGGGCAUACCUCCUCAUCCGACCAUACCUGCUAAACGCGGCCGCAAAGAAGCAGAAACAACAGCUAGAGAAGGAGGCUGAAGACCUCGGAUUGGGAAAGACAGAUGCGUUAGACGCAAAUGACUUCAGAGGCAAAGGUGUCCGGGUGAAGAAGGGCGAAGCGAAGAAGAAGGAGUAGCAUGCACAUAUGAGAAGACGGACGGACACGGGAAUAGGGGUGGUAAUACUGUGGAUUCUGGUAUGAGGAAGACUUCGAUGAAAGCGAAAGGAUAGAUGGUUUGGAGGGCAUGGAUACGGGCUGCAUACCACCGGCGUUUUGGCACUCGGACUUGGCCAAUAUGCGGACAUUUUUUGGCUGCGCUGGCCCGGAGUGUAUAUUUGGAAUACGCGUAGCACGACGAUUGUUAUGCUUGCCAUGACGCGCCUACUGAGAGCGACAUGACAAUACUACACUAGGAGACAUCGAGGAGCUAAGCACGGGGAAGUUCACCUUUGCUCCAACAUCAUAAUUUUAAUCAAACCCACUCCAUCCUUUUCUCAUGUUCUCAGCAACUCAGUUUCCUCAAUCUCCAGCUCGAGAAGCUUGUGG